AUGGCUCCGGCGAUGGCGGUGGCUGCUCGCGAUCUCCGCCCGCUGGAGAGGGUGAGAGCGGUGCCGGAUCGGAAGGAAGUGGAGGCCGCGGAGAAGAUGCUGAGGAGGAACCAGGAGCUGGAGGAGGAGCUGCGGCGGAGCAGAGAGAGGGAGGAGGCGGCGCAGAGGGAACUCGAACGGACGAAAGAACGCCUGCGCGUGGCGGAGGAGGCAGAGGAGCGGCUCUGCUCCCAGCUAGGAGAUCUGGAGGCGGAGGCCGUCGGCCAGGCCAGGGCCUACCUGCUCCAGAUCCAGUCCCUAAUGGAACAGAUCUCGCGCUCCCAGCAACUGCACCAGAAGACAGCUGCCUCCUCCGGCGGCCUCCUCCGAGCCUGGUCGUAG